AUGUCUACAGAAUCCCCACCCACCGAAUUCCUCUACGGAUUCAAACACUGUCCCCACAAAGUCGCCCACGGCAAUAGCUGUGGUAUCUACCACUCAGGUCUCGGCUCCGGCAAUCGAAGCACGUGUGCGUGUCCACCGGGUCUUGUAAAACUCAAUAGAGGAGUGAGAGAUUUAUUUCCGAAACAUCUUUGUCCGGAUUGUGAAAAGGAGUAUUUUCGGAUUCAUCCGGGGAUUUGUGCUCGCAUGACGCCGAGGUGGAUUUUGGAGAGGAAGAGUAAGGGCAAGGACAAGAGAAAGGGGAGGGAGAGGGAGAGGGUUUAUGAGCGGAUUUGA